AUGGACCUAGCCACAUCUCCAGAAGUUGCGUCGGAGUGUGCGACCAGCUUGUCUGACCAGUCCAAUUGUGCGAGAGACGGUACAAUGGUAUCAAUGGAGAGCUUGAGCAGCAGCAACAGCAGCACAGCUCUCGUUCCCGCUACGUUGACAUCCACCAAUUUAGAUGUGCUUCAUCUGAUUGCCAAAUAUGUUAGUAUGCGCUUCUUCCAAAGCUACACAUUAUACUGACGAACCUUUAACUAUUAGCUUACCAAGGCUGAUCUAUUCAACCUCGCUAGGUCCUCAGAACGUUGGAUAUAGAUUUGUCGCCCUUUCUCUACUUGUCCUACACCAUUGAAGUUCCACUCUUUACUACACCUCUCAACGAUUACACCCAGAUCUCAGGUCUACGAAACUCCAGAUCUCCAUUCAAACCAGCACAUUUCAAGCAAUUGACAAUCCGAAUUCCACGAACGUCGAGACUUCGAUGUUGCUGCGCUAGAGGACGUGCUAUAUCUCCAGAAGAUCGUAGUGAGAUUCAAACUGUCUACGAAGAGAUACGUUCUCUGCUACGCGCAAUGCCUCCGGACAUUUUGAAAAGCUUCACGUAGGGUCCCUUGCAACCACGAUUAUGAAUAAUGUUUUCUGACCUUUGAAAUAGCUGGGAUAUGGGCUCAAAUCGAAAUGUCGCUCGAUCUCCAUUGCAUGAGAUUUACCGCCAGCGUAAUUCUUUGGAGUCUCUCACCGUGUAUCAUUUCGCUGAGUACGCAAACUCCCCCAUCGAUGAAGGUAUUCCUACUCUACCACAGUUCAACGACCUUCAACAUUUGAGUUACAAUGGCAUAUUCUCCGACUAUCACCUGUAUACAUUGAAGGCAUUCAUUUACCACCAUGGACAGAAGCUCAAAAAGCUACAGCUACAUUUCUAUUUUCGCGCAGUCACACGUGGGACCAAACGACAAUUCAACGGAGAACUACAUCCAUCUCCGUACCCUUCCAGCGGUCGGGGCCGCUUGCCUUUUGGGGACUUUUUAAAGGACAUACUGCAAAUCACUCCCAGUAUUGCACCGAAACGUCUCACUUCUUUACAAGAGCUAUCCUUGUGCCAUGCAACACUACGUCGUGGCGGACAGGAAAUGGUAGAAGCACUGAACAUGGCCAACUUGCGAAAAUUGAACUUCAUUGAAUGUGUGGGUGCCCUUGGUCUAUUAUCUUUUCUUGCAAGUGGGGGCUUCGAGAUAAAGAUGAAGAGAUUUGAGUUGAAACAUACUGAGUCUUGGCUAUAUCGUGAACCGCAACGGUCUGCAGGUUUUACUGGGGCCCCUGUGGGCGUUCUACCGGCCGAUCAAGUAGCUUCCUUUCUUCAAUCGUUCUCUGGGUUGGAAGCAGUAUACAACAAAUUACACGUUCCAUUCAUACUUCGACCGCUUCGAGAUGUAAGUCAUAACCUUUUCUAUGUUUCUUCAAGUCUGCAAUGUCGCUUGGGAGUUUCUUUUCUUCUUUUGACUGUCAGAGAAUCACGCUAACUCAAGCUUCAAAAGUGUCCUAUUCCGCCGUCCUUGCUUGGCCAUAUUGCAACCUUGAAGAGCUUGUACAUACACGACCUCGAAGAUUACGCCUUCCCUUUCUGGACUGACACCUAUGACACAAUUUACACGAGUCCUCAGUUGGUAAAUAGAGGGGUGUAUUUUGAUGCCGGUUUUAUAGUAAGCUCAAUUGCACAUUCCCAUAAAUAAUGUUUAGACUUGCACAUAAGCUUAUACCUUGGCAGCUCUACCGCCUUCGCCACCUCGACGUCCGCCCCCACUGGAAGGUCCUCCAUUUUCGGUACUCAAACAGCAAGCGACGGUACCUACACGAAAAUCCCUGUCCCGGUGGAUUCGAUAACUCACAUUGGCUUGAUCAAGAAGCCGGGACAGGUGCUUUGGGGACUGAAGCCGUUGCAGAUGACCCCUUUUUUCUUUGUGAGAACAGCGAUCUGCAAGAGUUUGUGCGCUGGGCUUUUGGGGAGGAUGGAAUCCCGAGUUUGA